UUGCCUUGUAUGCAGCUAGAGGGAUUGUUGCUGCUGGUGUCUGGGGUGUGGAGAGAGCUUUUUCAGCGAUGGACGGCAUCAGUGAUGUUGCAGUUGGUGUAAAGAGGGGGUCAGAUGAGCUGUUGUCCAGCAGCAUGUACAACAGUCCCAACUCGGGGAUGAGUAGUAUGAGUGAUGGCACAUCCAAUGGAAGUGACAGCAAAAAACUCAGAGUUGAAGAAAGAGUGGGAGAGGCUCCUCCAUCACGGGUUCUUCAUAUCAGGAAACUACCCAGUGAGGUCUCAGAGACGGAGAUCAUUGCCUUAGGAUUGCCCUUUGGAAAGGUCACUAAUAUCCUUACCUUAAAAGGCAAAAACCAGGCAUUCCUAGAGCUGAGCACGGAGGAAGCAGCUAUUACCAUGGUGAACUACUAUUCAGCUGUUACACCACAUGUUCGAAAUGUCCCCGUCUUCAUCCAGUAUUCAAAUCACAAAGAGCUCAAGACUGAGACAAACCAGUCCGGAACACCCACAUCAGGCUCCGGUGAUGGAACACUCUCAACACCCAGCAGUCCAGUUUUGAGGAUUAUUAUAGACAACAUGUUCUACCCUGUCACUCUCGAUGUAUUGCAGCAGAUCUUCUCAAAGUUUGGCACAGUUAUGAAAAUCAUCACUUUCACAAAGAACAAUCAGUUUCAGGCCUUGCUACAGUACAAUGAUGCAUCGAGUGCUCAGCAGGCCAAAGUGGCACUCGAUGGUCAGAACAUAUACAAUGCUUGCUGUACGCUCCGUAUAGACUACUCCAAGCUUGUCAACCUGAAUGUGAAGUACAACAAUGAUAAGAGCAGGGACUACACUAGACCAGAGCUCCCUGCAGGUGAUGGGCAGCCUGCUGUGGACCCCUCGGUGGCAGCAGCCUUUGGCAAGGACUCAAACUCCCUGCUCGGUAAGAUCCCAGGUGCACUGAGUCCCCUGAGUGCAGCGGCGGCGGCAGCAGCAGCAGCGGGUCGAGUCGCCCUGUCCGGACACUCGGGUAACGGAGUGCUCCUGGUUAGCAAUCUAAAUGAUGAGAUGGUUACGCCCCAAAGUCUGUUUACCCUCUUCGGGGUGUAUGGUGAUGUGCAGCGUGUGAAGAUCCUCUACAACAAAAAAGAUAGUGCAUUGAUACAGAUGGCUGAUAUGAAUCAGGCCCAGCUUGCAAUGAGUCAUCUUAAUGGUCAGAAGAUGUAUUCAAAAAUCAUCAGAGUGACCUUGUCCAAGCAUCAAACGGUUCAGUUACCCAGGGAUGGCCUGGAUGACCAAGGUCUCACCAAGGACUUCACCAAUUCUCCUCUACAUCGUUUCAAGAAGCCUGGCUCUAAAAAUUUCCAGAACAUAUUUCCUCCCUCUGCAACACUGCAUUUGUCCAACAUCCCGCAAGACAUUACUGAAGACGACCUCAGAGUACUGUUCACCAACUCCGGAGGCACUGUGAAAGCAUUCAAAUUUUUCCAAGAUCGUAAAAUGGCUCUAAUUCAGUUAUCUACAGUUGAAGAGUCCAUUCAGUGUUUGAUCGACCUACACAACUACAACAUGGGUAACAAUCACCAUCUGAGGGUUUCAUUCUCCAAGUCAACCAUUUAAAAGAAGAUAUGUUUAAUGUUUUCUAAUGUUACCUGUUGACUGUUUUGGUACACUGGGGACCACAUUUUGACAGGUUUUGUUUUCUUUUACCAGUCAUUCCGUAUGAAAAUGAGUAAAUUAUACCAGAUUUAUCUGGGGAAAGAAAAUAAUACAUUAACAGCCCCCUGUGUAUUACCUCCCCCCAGUUCUUCAUUACAGGAGGUUGAAUCCUCUUGAUCCUGAUUAGUUGACAAAGAAUGUGCCUUACUCAACAAUCUAUUAUAAAUAUUUUCACAUCCAUAAAUUUUCAGAAAUGCAAGACAUCCACCACAUGACAGCGUAGGCUUAUUUGUUGUGAAGGUGUUAAUGGUUUGAAAAAUGUCAGUUGCUUUGUUUUUUUUUGUUUUUUUUUCCUUGUGUGAACUGUACAGUGUGUGAAAUCUUGCCUCUCCAAUCUCAAGUCCAUGUGUUUGUUUUUUGACCAUUUGUCUUGUUUUGCUUAUUUGAUCGGCUAAGAUUGUGGAUCCUGGUGAACGAUCCAGUGGUGUGUGUGUAUAUAACAGACUAUUCUAGUGCUUAAUGGUCACUGCAAGUUUGAGUGCUAGCUUGUAUCCAAGUGAUUUUCAAAAGGUUAUGACACAGUAUGCCAUGUUUAAUUUUUUGUGUAGUAGGCACUGACUGUGUUGAUACAUAUUGGAUUUUUUUUUUUUGACAUACACCAUUUUUCUCUGCAUGUCUAGAUAAGUUAUGAGAAUCCUUGUUUAGAGAACAGCUGUUGCAUGAAUUUAUAGCUAACAAACAUGAGCCUGAAGUUUGACAUGAGCAGUACUUAGAAUAGGGACAACCUGGUGGGACCAAAAUUUGUGCCUUUAGUCUUAAUUUACUGAGCGUUCAGAUUUUUAGAAAGUUUCAUGUUUUGUAUUUCCCAGAAGCAAGUCCCACAAACGUGCUGAUAUUUAACCUUUAUGGAAAAAUGUAACGGUUACCAAGAGAUAUAAACCAUUUGCUGCCAAAGCUUUAUGGUUGUAUUUCUUACAUGACUGGACUGUACAUUUUUAAACUGGUGGUUAAGAAAUGUAUGUAUAGUUUCCUCUUUUUUUUUUUUUUUUUUUUAAUACAUCUUUGGAAACAAAAGUGCAGUUUGGAUGUGGCACAAUUAAAGAAUUGUUUUUUUCUAACACUGGGAAAGGAUUGUCAUUGAUUUGUGUUUGUGGUUUGUUUUUUGCUUCUCUAUCCCUCUUGUUCCUGUAUCUGCUUUUACUGCUGUAGCAUGCUCAAUAAAUACUUCUGUAGCUCUGUA